AUGACAAAGCUCAGUGCCCAAGUGAAAAGUUCUCUAAACAUCACCACUCCUGGAAUACAGAUAUGGAGGAUAGAGGCCAUGAAGAUGGUGCCUGUCCCCAGCAACUCCUUUGGAAGUUUCUUUGAUGGAGACUGCUACAUUGUCUUGGCUGUGAGUACACAGGGAACGAGCACUCUUUCUUAUGACAUUCAUUACUGGCUGGGCCAGGCUUCAUCCCAAGAUGAGCAGGGGGCAGCUGCCAUCUACACCACCCAGAUGGAUGACUUCCUUAAGGGCCGAGCCGUCCAACAUAGAGAGGUCCAGGGCCAUGAGAGUGAUAUCUUCAGGGCCUACUUCAAGCAAGGACUUGUGAUACGGAAAGGAGGGGUGGCCUCCGGCAUGAAGCAUGUGGAAACCAACUCAUAUGAUAUUCAACGUCUGCUACAUGUCAAAGGCAAGAGGAAUGUGAUGGCCGGAGAGGUGGAGAUGUCAUGGAAGAGUUUCAACCGAGGGGAUGUUUUCCUUCUGGACCUGGGCAAACUCAUCAUACAGUGGAAUGGCCCAGAGAGCAACCGAAUGGAAAGGAUCAAGGGGAUGAACCUGGCAAAGGAGAUCCGGGACCAGGAACGGGGUGGCCGGGCGUAUGUUGGAGUGGUGGAGGGUGAUCGGGAAGCUGAAUCACCUGAGCUAAUGGAAGUGAUGAAGCAUGUGCUUGGCCAGAGAAAGGAACUGAAGGCAGCCAUCCCUGACAAUGUGGUAGAACCAGCUCUCAAGGCUUCCCUGAAACUCUACCAUGUGUCUGAUGCAGAAGGCAAAUUGGUGGUAAAAGAAGUGGCCACUCGUCCUCUCACUCAGGACCUACUUCACCAUGAGGACUGCUACAUCCUAGACCAGGGAGGUCUGAAGAUCUAUGUGUGGAGGGGGAAGAAGGCAAAUGCUGAGGAGAGGAAAGGAGCCAUGAACCAUGCUCUGAACUUCAUCAAGGCCAAAAAGUACCCAGCCAGCACCCAAGUGGAAGUUCAGAAUGAUGGUGCAGAGUCAGCUGUUUUCCAACAGCUUUUCCAGAAGUGGACAAUUCCCAAUCGAACUUCCGGCCUCGGCAAAACCCACAGUGUGGGCUCUGUGGCCAAAGUGGAACAGGUAAAGUUUGAUGCAGAAUCCUUGCACGUCAUGCCUCAAGUGGCUGCCCAGCAGAAGAUGGUGGAUGAUGGAAGUGGGGAGGUUCAGAUGUGGAGGAUUGAGAACCUGGAGCUAGUGCCAGUGGAACCCAAAUGGCUGGGACACUUCUAUGGUGGGGACUGCUACCUGCUGCUCUACACUUACCUAAUUAAUGAGAAGAAGAACUACCUAAUCUACAUAUGGCAGGGCAGCUCUGCUACUCAGGACGAGAUUGCAGCCUCAGCAUAUCAGGCAGUCAACUUGGACCAGAAGUACAAUGACGAGCCUGUCCAGAUUCGUGUGCCCAUGGGCAAGGAACCCCCUCAUCUCAUGGCCAUCUUCAAAGGACGCAUGGUGAUCUAUCAGGGGGGCACCUCCCGGUCAGGAAACACUGAGCCUGUGCCUUCUACCAGGCUGUUCCAAGUUCGAGGAACAAAUGACAAGAACACCAAAGCAAUAGAGGUGUCUGCCCAGGCCAGUUCCCUCAACUCUAAUGAUGUCUUCAUUCUCAAGACCCAAUCUUGUUGCUACCUGUGGUGUGGGAAGGGCUGUAGCGGUGAUGAGAGAGAGAUGGCGAAAUCUGUGUCAGACAUCAUCUCGAGAAUGGAGAAGCAGGUGGUGGUAGAGGGGCAAGAACCAGCCAGCUUUUGGCUUGCCCUGGGCGGAAGGGCACCCUAUGCUAGCAGCAAGAGACUACAGGAGGAAACCCUUUCUAUUGUGCCUCGACUCUUUGAGUGCUCCAAUCAGACGGGCCGCUUCCUGGCUACAGAAAUUCCUGAUUUUAAUCAGGAUGAUCUGGAAGAAGAUGAUGUGUUUCUGCUGGAUGUCUGGGAUCAGGUUUUCUUCUGGAUUGGGAUGUACGCCAAUGAAGCAGAGAAGAGAGAUUCGGUGAUCAUGGUGCAGGAGUAUUUGAAGACACACCCCAGCGGGCGUGAUCCCCAGACACCCAUUGUGGUGGUGAAGCAGGGACAUGAGCCCCCAACCUUCACCGGGUGGUUCAUGGCAUGGGAUCCUUUCAAGUGGAAUAAUGCCAAAUCUUAUGAAGAUCUGAAGGCAGAACUGGGAAACAAAAACAACCUGAACCAGAUUACAGCUGAGAUAACCAGUCCUAAGCCAGAUAUAUUUAAGGCUGACACGAACUUUUCUUCUGGACCUUUGCCAACUUUCCCACUGGAGAUGCUUCAGAACAAACCUGUAGAAGAAUUACCUGAGGGGGUGAAUCCUAGUAGAAAGGAGGAACACUUGUCUGGGGAAGACUUCAAUCGGGUUUUCGGGAUGUCUCCAGCUGCCUUUUCUGCCCUGCCACAGUGGAAACAACAGAAUCUGAAGAAGGAGAAAGGGCUGUUUUGAAGAGGAGGGUAGCUAAAAGUCCACAAGGCAGCUUACCCAUCUCUCAAGGCAGCACUAUCAACUUUUGUUUUGUUUACUGCUAUUGCUAUGCCAAAUAAAAUGACAUUACUUUUAAACCAA